CAAUAUUCCACGUUAUCCUCCGCUAUCGGUACCAUCUGUCCGCAAACUUUUUCAUCAAUAUCAUCAUUAA